CUCAUAAUUUCACAUUGCUAGCAGUGUCCAACAUGAACGUCGUUUACUACGGACUGGCUACUCUGCUCCUGGUAACCGCCUGCCUCUGUGACGAUGAAUUCUGCGGGUUGAAAAGGUUCAAGCAAGUGCCGUCCGGAAAGGCACGGAAAACUGAAUGGCCCUGGAUGGCGUCUAUCAUGGAUUACAGCCGCGGAAGAAAUCCCGACUACCUCUGCGGUGGAACGCUGAUAGGCAAAAGACACAUCCUGACGGCGGCUCACUGUUUCGAUCCGGUUCCCAAGGACCCUCGUCUGUUUACGGUGCGGCUGGACUCGGAGUCGACCGACACUGGGAAUGAGUACGAUGUUCGGUACAUUGAGCUGCACCCGGAUUACGUCAACGGAGGCAGCUACGACGACGUGGCCGUACUGACCCUGCGGACCGAAGUAUCCAACGACACCAUGCCCAUCUGCCUGCCGACGGGCACGGACACCUACGACAAUAGACUUUCCUACGUGCUGCAGUGGUCUCCCAAGUACUAUGGAAUUAAAAGUCCCAUGGCUUUGAAGGCUCGCCGGGCACUCAUCUCGACAAACUACGACUGCGCAAACAUAUACGCCGGCGUGCAGUCACCAGAAAUGCCGAGGGGCCUCAUUGCGAGCCAGCUGUGCACCGACCUGCGUGGAACGCAAGGAGAUUGCAACAGAUACCUGGGAUCUCCCAUGAUCGUCACGGACCGCACCUACAAGUGGUCGGCGGUUGGAAUUGCUACAUUCCGCGAGAAAUGCAACGACCAAACCUAUCCGGGUGUUUACACAAGAGUGACCCACUACGUGCCUUGGAUCCUGCGUGCCAUGACCAGAUGAAUAUGUCGUGCUCUUCUUUCGUUUACCCGACUAUCUUUUUUUCUACGGGGCCCCCUGUUUGUACGGCCCCGGGAAACAGUGUUUUGGCAACUUCCGUAUCCUU